AAUAAAAUUAUAAAUUUAUACACUGUAUUAAAAUGUUUAUCUUUAAAUUAUAUUAUCUAUAUUUUAAUCACGUGUAAAACAUGAAAGAAGCAGGAGUACGUUUUAAAAUAUUACUGUUUCUUAUUUUUCCUGUGGUCACGGGCAACUUCAAAGGGAAACAAAUCAUGAGAAGUGUUGCCGAAACAUUUGGUCGGACUGUUUUUGAGUGUCAAAAUGAGAUGAAGUUUGGUUCUGGGAUUCUAAAUGAUAUAUUUAGAUAUUGGCAUGAAGGUCAACCUUUAGAAGAUAGAGAUUUGGGCUGCAUAUUCAGAUGUAUUCUACUUAAGCUGGAACUUGUGAAUGACAAUGGCAGACUCAUUGAUGCUAAUGCAGAUGGAUUCUUCCAAGCUAAUGGCGCUGAUGAAAGCAUGACAAAACAUUUGAUAGAACUGUACCAUUCUUGUUAUCAAACCAUGAGGUUUCCCCAGGAUGACUGCAUGCUGAUUCUGGAAAUAGGCAAGUGCUGUAGGGAAGGCGUGAGGAACGCGCAUUGGACGCCCGGAUCCAAAUAAUUCAUGAUUAUAUAACCGAUUUUAUUAUUAAA